GCACUUUUAUGCCAAGGAAAUCUAACCUGUCAGGAAGUGGCAAUUUGUGCAAUAUGGCAGAUGAUGGCUCCUCCUUUGCCGCCUCCUUUGCCGCCUUUGCUGGAGCCUACGUCAGAGGCCAUUGACAGCCAGCUUUGGCGGCUGCUGCCUCCUCCACCGCGCGCGGAACAUGAGGAUGCAAAGGCGACUCAGCAGACGCACACCCUGGAGGAGGGAAUUUGGCGCGACACCAUGGCAAGGCUGAUCCUGAAGCUUCAGGAUGCGAGUGAGAGGCCUAAAGAGCCGCAAGGGCCCGGCGAGGCCGUGGCAGACUGCUUGGAGGAUGCCGCCAAGGCCGAGCAGAAGCCCUUGGAUGUGGCUCGAUGUGCUGCUGAUGCUCCAAAAGUCAACACAUCCCAGUCCGACGCAGAUGGAAGCUUGAUCUCUCUCCUGAAGGUCGAAGACGGCUCAGAAGGAUGCGGAGGUGUGGCCGACUCGGACUCCGUGAGGCGGGUGGAGGCCGCCAUGAGCGCCGUGGCCGUGGCGCAGGCGGCCGCGGAGCGGCAGUGCGCGCGCGCGCGGCGGGCGGAGCUGGAGGCGCAGCAGAAGGAGGCGGCGGCGGUGGAGAAGGCGGCGGAGGCGGCGCGGGAGAUCGCGCGGGCCCGGGCCAUCAUCGCGGAGGCGCAGGAGGCGCGGGCGGCCACCGCCCGGCUGAAAGCCACCCAGGAGCAGAUGGAGCUGGAGGCGGAGGCCCGGAAGGCGGAGCUGGAGAGCUUCUCGGCGCAAGUGAGGCGACAGGAGGCCCAAGCGGCGGAGGAGGCGCAGAGCAAAGUGAAGGACCAGGGCGAGGCCUUGGAAGCGGCGUUGCGCGCCGCCGAGCUGAGGGCGCAGAGCCGGCUGCUCGACGCGGAUGCGCUGGCCGAGUCCGCGGAGGAGAAGGCGAAGGCGCGGGCUCGGGCGGCGGAGGCCGAGGCGGAGGCAGCAGAGCGGCUGGCGCAGACGCGCGUGCUCGCAGCCGAAGCUGCCUGCAAGGAGCGCAUCGGCCUGGCGGAGAGGGCUGCCGAGGAGGAUGCAGCGAAAGCGGUUUCGGCCUGGGCGACGUUGAGAAAGGAGCUACCUGCUGGUAUGCGCCAGAGGAUGCUGGAGACAGAGGUCGUUUUGCAGCAAGGCAAGAAGAUCAGCGAUUCCGCCGUGGACAACAUGCUCGCAGCGGAUGCAUUGCGGCGUGCCAGAGAGGUACAUGCCAAAAUGGAAUCCACAGAAACGGGCUCCAACCAGCCAGCAGCAGCCUUUGUUGUCACCUGGGGAGUUGUACUCGCUCUGGCUCUCGACGCUUUGCUGCGAUUGGUCGUCGGAACGCCCUGCGCCCGGAGGAUUGAACCGGACAGUCCGCACCUCAAGGACCAGCCGAGCAACAUGCUGCGCGGUCAAUGUGAACAGCGCCACCAUAGACAAGUGGAGCUUGUUAGUGCCGAUUCCAGAUCAACUUCGCUGCACGCAAAGCGAGAGGGUGAGAACACUUGGGAUCACCUUUCGGAGGUGAGCUACGAGGCAGAGGUUGAGACUCACAUGGAAUCAGAGGCCAAGGCCAACGUGCUCUCCCAGUUGCCCAGUACCAGCGCAUGCGAGGUGCCAGAUGGCAGCCAGACGGCCAGUUUUAGAUCGGAGAGUCGCCAAGGAGAUGCCAUGCGAGACCCGCGAGUGCAGACGGGUCCAGCUGCAGAGCCGCUCACUCUGGCAGCCUCUAAAGCUGAUGUGCCAAAGCGCGCACCUGAAAGCUGUCAACAACACUCGCUGCUGCAGCUGAAAGAGCUGCAGCAGGAGCAGCUGCGGGAGCUGCGGAACCUCAAGGAGCUGCAGCUCCAGGUACAAUCCUUGCGACUCGGAGAGCGGAGCGAGACGCAAGCUGAGCUUUCGAGUCAGCACAGUGCAAAUUCGCACAGUGCCGGCCUGGGCCGAUUUCGCGCUGAAGAACCUGAGGAGAGCCUUCCCAUCACGAUUGGCGAGGUGCAGCGUUCCGUAGCCAUUGACCGCGCACGCCUUCAGGAGGAGAUGCGCGCCUUGCGGCUGCAGCAGCGGCUUCGGCGCUCGGCGCCCAAAGAUGUGCGAGGAUCGUCGCGCCCUGCCUCUCCUGUGCGACGUACACGCACCCCGUCUCCACAGCGGCCCUUGUAUGAGUUGCCUCAGCCCAAGCGGUCCUCGCCGAGCCCUGACCCGAGGAGCCGCGCUUUGCCUGCUGACGUGGCUGCACGCCUGAGCAGUUCUCCAGCGCUGGCAGCCGCUGCGCAGCACUGGGGGCUUCCGCGGCGGAGUGGGCAAAGUACUCCUGCUACGCCACGGCGUUCCCCAGCGCCAAAGGCGAAGGCGCCCAAGAGGCCGAUGCAGGGCGUGGGCGUGGCGCGAGGACCAUUUUCUCCUGUUCGAGCCUGUCAUGCACUGCGGCCAACCACGUAGUGCUGAAGGAUGCGCAGUGAGAGAAUUGGCGGCUCGGGACGAGGUCUUGUAAAGUGUGGAUGGCUUUGUUUGGUGUCGCUCAUGUUGUAUUCGCAACGCAGCAGGCUUUCCUGCCAGCGACAGCACAGGGCAAGCAUGCAAGGUG